GCCUUUGUCCGCGGGGCUGCGGAAGGUGAAGCCGGAGCCGGAGCGCGCGUGGGCGUGGGGGCGGGGGCAGGUGCAUGUGGGGCCCCUAGUGUACGGCUGCUGGACUACGGAGGCGUGGGUCCCAGCUCUGCAGCAAGAAGGAAGUGAAGACUGACUGGCUGUGACCCUCUGCCCAGAGCUCCAGGCCCGAGCAAGGGAGGGAGCAGAUCGGGAGCCUUGCACCAUCCUGGCUGGGGGUUCUGGCCAAGCAGCAGGGAGGAUGGACCACUUCUUCCUAAUGCUCGAGGGGAGAGGCCUACCUUCCCACGAGUUUGCCCUUUCCAGAGAAUGGAGGCUGGAGGAGGAGGAGGAGCAGCAGCGGGAGGCAGGUGUGGCUUCGCGGCUCCUGGCAGCCAUGGCCCAGCACCCAGUGACGUUCCGGGAUGUGGCAGUACACUUCACCCGGGAGGAGUGGAGCCACCUGGGCCCCGCCCAGCGGGCGCUGUACCGGGAGGUGAUGCUGGAGACCUUUGAGAACCUCGUCUCCCUGGGGUCUCCUGUUUCCAAGCCUCAGGUCAUCUGCCAGCUGGAGAGGGGAGAAGCGCCAUGUCUGCCCGAGACAGAAGCGCCCCGUCCAGAGUCUCUCAAUUCAGGGACCAAGUAUGAGAUCAGCGACUGGAUUCCAAAGCCCGGCCUUUUUACGGGAGCGUCAUUCGAGGAAAGACCAGCAACCAGGAACGGGCCCUGGCAUUCCAAGAUGGCAGAUGCUUGGGACCUCGAUGUCCCAGGAGAGGGGCAGAGAGGCGGCCGGGAGACGCAGUCCAGACCUCUAACAGUCUCCUCUGGAAAACCUGUGAAUAAAGUGAGCAUCUCUGAACGCAGUCCAGCUGACAGGAGUUUUAGCCUGGAGUCCAUCUAUGCUCCGCAACAGAGAAUCUCUACGGAGAAAAGUCUUCAUAAAUAUGACACUCUUGUUAAGAGCUUCAAGCAGUUUUCUGACUUAAUUGAUUGUAAUAGACUUUCCUUGGGAAAGAAGCUUUGUAAGUAUAAUAAAUCUAGGAAUCCUUUUAGUUACCACUCAGACCUUAUUCAGUUUCAUAGAAUAUAUAAUGGGGAAAAGAUAUAUGAAUGUAAUGAAUGUGGGAAAACCUUUGGGAAAAAAGCGUACCUUACUCAACAUCAGAGAAUUCAUACUGGGGAAAAACCCCAUAAAUGUAAUGUAUGCGGGAAAGCCUUUAGUCAUAGGGAAAAUCUGACUCAUCAUAAGAGAAUUCAUACAGGAAAGAAACCCUAUCAGUGUAAUGAAUGUGGCAAAGCCUUCAGUCAGUGGGGAACUCUAACUGCACAUCAGAGAAUUCAUACUGGAGAGAAGCCCUAUAUAUGUAAUGAAUGUGGAAAAGCCUUUUGCCAAAGAGGAACGCUUAACGUUCAUAAAAGAAUUCACACUGGAGAGAAACACUUUGAAUGCAAAGAGUGUGGGAAAGCCUUCAGCAAUAAUUCAUGCCUUAAUCUACAUCAGAGAAUUCAUACUGGAGAAAAACCCUAUAAAUGUAAUGAAUGUGGAAAAGACUUCAGACACAGAGCAUCUUUUAUUUAUCAUAAGAGAAUUCAUACUGGUGAAAAGCCCUUUGAAUGUAAUGAAUGUGGGAGAGCUUUCAGCAAGAAAGGAAAUUUUAUUGAACAUCAGAGAAUUCAUACUGGAGAGAAACCCUUUAUAUGCAGUGAAUGUGGGAAAGGCUUCAUUAACAACACGCGCCUUAAUCUACAUCAGAGAUUUCAUACGGGAGAGCGACCCCAUAAAUGUAAUGAAUGUGGCAAAGCAUUCAGGCACAGGGGAAGCCUUAGUGCCCAUCGCAGAAUUCAUACGGGAGAGAGGCCUCACAAAUGUACUGAGUGUUUGAAAGCUUUUGGCCAGAGGGGACAGCUCAUUAAACAUCAGAGAGUUCAUGCGAGGGCAAAAGCCCACAGUUUUGAUGAAUUUGGAAGACCCUUCAGUCAGUGGGGAAGCCUUGCUGAGCAAAAGAGGAUCCCUGUAAAGAAACCCUUCGUGUGUAAUGAAUGUGGGAAAGCCUUUAGCCAGAACUCAAACCUCAUUCUACAUCAGAGAAUUCACACUGGAGAGAAACCUUUUGUGUGUGAAGAAUGUGGGAAAGCCUUCAACCAGAAGGGAAACCUUAAUGAACACAAGAGAAUCCACACUGGAGAGAAGCCCUUUAUCUGCAGUGAAUGUGGGAGAGCCUUCAGCCGGAGAGGGCACCUUACAGAACAUAAGAUAAUUCACACUGGAGAGAAACCCUUUGAGUGUAAUGAGUGUGGGAGAGCCUUCAGACGGAAGAGACAUCUUACUGAACAUGUGAAAAUCCAUACUCGAAAGUAGCCCUUGCAAUAUGAUGAGUGUGGGAGAGUCACUAGCCAGAAAAACAUCAUGGACAUCAAAGAAUUUAUUUGUGGUGAGAAUCUUCAUCGUGUAUUAAUGUGGGAAAGGCUUCAGGACCCUUAGGAAGCAUCAGAGAACUGAAGAAAAACAUAAGAAUGGAAUAGCCAUGGGAAAAGUGGGGGGACCUUGUUCAUCUCACAAGAUGUCAGGAACUUAGCCCCCACCUGCUGUGAAGCUGAAAGGGACCUUAGGGGUCAUCUGAUCUGACAGCCUCAUUUUCAGAAUUGGGGAGCAAGGUGACAGAGGUAAAUGGGUAGUGGAAAGUGCACGAGGACUGGUGCUCUAAACCCAAAGGACCGGGCUCCCAUCGCACCCCUGCUUUGUCUCCCUCUGUGCCUCUGGAUGAGGCCCAGGACCUCUAUUUCCUCUUCUGUAAAACAGAGCCAUUGGCCUUUCUGGCCCCUGGGCUGCCUUCCCAUUCUCAGCCUCGGAUGCUGUGGCCUGAACCCAUGCUCUCUGAUCCCAGAUUCAAGGUCUUCCCUUUGUGCCAUAUCUGACGCUAGAAGUCGCGCCGCUUUUAUGGGGAAAUUUCAUAACGACUUAGCUACUUGUUAAAUACUCAAGAGUCGAGGCUGCGUUUGGGCAUUGGCUCUGUCCCAGUUUGGUGCUUUGAGAGGCA